AAAAUAAAAAAAAAAAAAAGAAAAUUAAAAAAAAUUUUUAUUCCAUAUUUUCGACUUCCUUUUUCGCGUAGGAUCAUCCCCUUACCGCUUGUAUCGGCUGUUACAACCACCCUGUAUACAUUUAUUUAGUUACUAUUCUCUGCUUAUUUCAUACGAAUUUCAUAGUCUACAGCCUACUUUAUUUAUCAUGUAUGUAACUUAAAAUCAUUGGAAUAAUGAUUUUUGCAUUAACAUUAAUGUACGUGCCAAAUAAUACGUGUACCGGAAAUGACGUUUACAAAAUGGGGCACGCGGUUGGUUAGAAUUAACCGCAGUACAUCUUCAUACGCUAUUGAUUAUUUCCUGUAAAUGAAGAAUUUUAAUAUAAUGUACAAAAUAUAUAAAAUUUAGCAUUAAAAAUGUCGCACAUAUAUUUAAAAAUUAAUUGGAUUAAAUUAUUUUUCAAAAAUUCUAAGAAUGUAAGGUCGACGUAAGAUUUUACACAGAACUAGUUUCCAUUUUCGCACGUAAGACUACGUCAUAAAGACAGGGGUGGGGGUAUAGAAAGCGGACUUCAGACGCGCAGCGUAGGCUUCCCUCAGUCAUCUUACGACUGUGCUGUGAGGAGGGUGUUUUGCUCGGUGGUUUCAAAUCCUUUGUGUGCAGUUGUGUGAAUCUCUUCUGUUUUGUUCUACACAAACACGAGCCGGAUACAGGUUGGUAUACUUUUUACUUAUUCAAUAAUUAGGUGAAAUAGUUAAGAAAGCAUGGCGAAGACAAAGAAGAAGCUUCCAAAACCGAACGCCGACAAGCCAAGUGAAACUGAACAGUUAGUAACUUGGAUUAACGAAGUUCGCCGCAAACAAUCAAAGUGUCGCCGAAACCCCCGAAAGCGCAGACGCGAUUUACGAAUUGAAGCAGUGCUGACGUGCGCUCUUUCCAAAGCUGAAAAUGAUUUACGCAUCCGGCAAUUAUCAGCAGCCUCAAAAUGGGAGAAUCUUAGAAAACAAUGCUUAAAGAAGGUAAAUUAUACAAAUUAUGAACUGUACAAUAGUGAAGACACGGAAAAUCCGGGACCGUCUCAACAGAAUCCCCGGGAAGAAGAGCUAUCGUGUCCUGAAUUGAUCAGUUUAGACGAUUUCAUGUCUAAGUUGGCAGAAAUAAAA